UUCCGCCCUCAUCUUUCCCUUCUCUCUACAACUACAAAAUCAAUUACUUCUCUCUCAACAAAAACCGCCAUAAAAACUCUUCUUCAUAAUUUCUGCUUUUGUUUGCUGUGCUGCUUUGUUGAAUACUAAUGGGAAUCAGCCAAGGAGGAGGCACAAUCGUUAUGGAGCACAACCGUCGAAAAUUCGGGGACCUGUUACGCUCCUCCGAUCCAUCUCUCCUCUCCAACCACGAUGAAGAAGAAGACUAUAAUAAUCACCACCGCAAGAGCACCGCCUCUGCUUCAAGUCCGCGAUACGCUCCCGGCACUCCAACCAGUGGCGACGCUUCCCCCAACUAUCUCAUGUCGCCGUGGAAUCAGCCCUCCCCGUACAUGAAAUCUCCAUGGCUCACUUCAUCUUCGUAUAUCAACGAUUCUCUAGCUCCAAAUGGUUUAAUCGGAUCCAUUGUGCGUGAAGAAGGACAUGUAUACUCAUUAGCUGCGGCUGGAGAUUUGUUAUACACGGGAUCUGACAGUAAAAACAUACGCGUUUGGAAGAAUCUGAAGGAAUUUACGGGGUUUAAGGCUGCUAGUGGCUUAGUUAAGGCCAUUGUUAUCUCGGCCGACCGGAUUUUUACCGGUCAUCAAGACGGUAAGAUCCGAGUCUGGAAGGUUUCCUCCAGAGAUCCGCGUGUUCAUAGACGUGUUGGUAGUUUACCUACCUUUAAAGACUAUGUCAAAAGCUCAGUCAAUCCGAAGAACUACGUGGAAGUUCGUCGGCAUAGGAACGUUCUCCGAAUCAAACAUUUCGACGCCGUUUCGUGCCUCAGCUUGAACGAAGAACGAGGACUAUUGUACUCUGGUUCAUGGGACAAGACCUUGAAAGUGUGGAGACUCUCCGAUUCGAAAUGCCUCGAAUCGAUUGACGCACACGACGACGCCAUAAACUCCGUCGCGUGCGGUUUUGAUUCGCUGGUGUUCACCGGAUCUGCAGACGGGACGGUGAAGGUGUGGAGGAGAGAACUUCAAGGGAGAGGAACGAAACAUUUCUUGAUGCAGGUGUUGUUAAAGCAAGAGAACGCGGUAACCUCGAUCGCCGUAAAUCAAGAAUCGGCGGUGAUCUACUGCGGUUCCUCAGACGGUUUGGUGAAUUUCUGGGAACGUGAAAAGCACCUUUCACAUGGCGGGGUUCUUCGGGGCCACAAGAUGGCAGUGCUAUGCCUAGCCGCGGCCGGUAACUUAGUCUUCAGUGGGUCCGCCGAUAAGAACAUAUGCGUGUGGAGCAAGGACGACGGUGGGGUCCACACUUGUUUGGCAGUUUUGACAGGUCACGCUGGGCCCGUCAAGUGUUUGGCCGUUGAGGAAGAUGAGGAAUCUGACAAGCAAGAUCAACGGUGGACAGUGUACAGUGGGAGUUUGGACAAUUCUGUCAAGGUGUGGCGCGUCUCGGAGAAUCUACCCCGGUUAAAUGGUUACACACCGAGCUAUUCGUCCUCUCCUGUAACGGUAACCAUGGAACGAAGGAAGGGCCACUAUUAGUUAACGACGACGCAGGUUAGUUAAAAUGGACGUGCAGGCCUCGCGGAGUCACACACGUAAUGCAAAUAUUGGUGAAUCUGGUGGUCCCUACAGCAAACCAAUAGCGGAAAAGAAAGGGCGCUUGGAGUAACCAUGAACUUUGAAUCGCAGCCUUUGGACGCACAAUGAGUUCUAACACAAAACACAGCGAUGCAAUAACAUGUAGCGUCACUGUCCAUUGAUUUUCCCUUUUAUGGCGUGCACAUUAUAUGUGUUCUUUCAUAGUUUCAUAUGCCAUGAACUUGGCUUUAUAUACACUUCUUUAAUUUGUUUGGAGAUCCUCUUUCAUCUCUUGAUGUAUAGAAAAUAAACAAGAGCAUCGUAUUUGUAAUAUGAACACUCGGACAGAUUUUUUACUAUUCGGACAGUCAAACUGCUUAUAUAACAUUAAAAAAUCAAUAAUAAGGAAUAUGUUCGAAUAG